AUGGCAUCUCUUGCGCCAUCAGAAACGUCAUCCAAGGGCAUUGAUUUCGAGAGCAGCAAUCCUCAGAGGACAGCGAAAAUAGAAGACUCGAAGACGAAAGAUCCAUCCAUUGCGCAGCGAGAGAAGGAGACAGAUGGAGCUAAAAGACUUCUCCGUCGCCAAGUCUAUAUUCUCUUCGCUGCUGUCUUCGUCUCUACAUUCCUGAUGGCACUGAAUGGAUCAAUAAUUGCAACAGCGAUCCCGAAGAUCACAACACAUUUCAACUCUCUCGAAGACAUUGGUUGGUACGGGAGUGCCUAUCUUGUUGCAACCUGCGCUCUGCAACCCCUUGUCGGUAGAGUUUAUACCCAUUUCCCUACAAAGCAUACAUAUGUCAUGUUUACCUCCAUCGUCUCGGUCGGGGCUCUUGUCUGCGCCACAGCUGGCUCGUCCAAGGCCCUAAUUAUCGGAAGAGCAGUUCAAGGCUGCGGAGGAGCUGGCGUUAUCAACGGUGCCUUUGCCAUAAUUGCCGCAGCGGCUUCUAAGGAAGAUCGACCAUUGUUCAUAGGCAUUGCUGUCAGUCUUACGUCGAUCGGGACUAUUGUCGGGCCUCUAGUCGGUGGCGCUCUGACACAAGAUGUAUCAUGGAGACGGUGUUUUUACAUAAAUCUGCCCCUAAGCGGACUCGUGAUAUGCGCUUUCCUCUUACUGCCAAUUCCAGAACAGGUCAAGAAGCAACCGGUGAGAUCCAACCUCAAAGCCAUCAUCACUAAAGAACUCGAUCUUGUGGGUUUCACCAUUUUCGCCCCGGCCUGCGUCAUGUUCCUACUCGCCAUGAUCUGGGGCGGCAACCAAUAUCGAUGGAACCCUUCCGUCAUCAUCGGUCUGUUCUGCGGCGCUCUCGGUGCGUUCAUCAUGUUCGCUGCCUGGGAAGUGUUCAAGGGAGAGAAGGCUAUGAUACCUCCGGCACUUGCUAGAAACCGGCUCGUGGUCUUUGGCUGUUUCACGUCGUUUCUCCAGGUUGGAGCGCUGUUGUCGCUGAGUUACGAUCUUCCCAUAUGGUUCCAGGUCGUCAAGGACGAAAGUCCCGUAAUGAGCGGAGUUAUGGUACUUCCUACCGCCAUUGCGCAGGCUAUUGGGAGUAUAAUGGCGGGGAAAUUAGUCCAGGUGAUUGGUUAUUGCACGCCGUGGGCACUCUUUGGAUGUGUCCUGACUUCCAUUGGAUCUGGGCUGAUGACCACAUUUGCCCCUUCUACGGGUGCUGGACCCUGGAUCGGUUAUCAAAUCCUUACCGGGACCGGGAGAGGCUCCGUGGUGCAAAUGCCAAUCACUGCGAUCCAGAACUUUUUGCCGGCAAAGGAAGUCUCCAUAGCCACCUCGCAGGUCUUCUUCUGGCAGUAUCUUGGAGGAUCCGUCUUCCUUGCCAUCUCUGAAACAAUCUUCACCAAUACUCUGCGGUCGUCGCUGAAGACCUACGCCCCAGGCGUCAACCCUGAGAGCAUUAUCGAGGUUGGGGCUUGUGCCGUGCGAUCGAGCGUGCCCGGUGAUGAGCUUGACGGCGUCCUUCGCGCAUACAACCACGCCGUCGUAUCGACCUUCUAUCUGGCGGUCGGUGCGUCCACGGCAGCAUUUCUCACCAGCAUUGGCAUGGGGUUCCAAAGGCUCUCCAAGAAGGAGAGUAAAGAGAAACCAAAAGAGAAUGACGUGUAG